UAUUAUUAAGGCCCAUCAAAACUCACGCGUGCGUCCUCAAAUUUCUAUCAAUUAAAUCAUUAAUCAUUUUCUUUAAAGUGUUAUCCGUCGAAACAGGAGGAAUGAACCUAAAAUCUAUCAUAUGUGGCCUUUAAUUUCCUUGGUGGCCAAGUGGAGAUUUUGACAAUAUACACGUGGAGUUUUGACAUUUAAUUUUCUUAGUGGCCUGGUGGGAAAUUUUUGAUAAACACAAAGUACUCCGUACAAAACAAAUACUCUAAACAUCUUCGAUCGUGGGCGGCAUAUAUAUACUAUUCUUUUCAAUUAUGACUUGAUUUAUAACAUUUAUAAAUACACUAUAAAUAACCUAGCUUGUUUCCAUCUCUUAAUGAAAAAGCCUACGAAAUAACAAAUUCGAGUUUAUAAUUUAUAUAUUACUACGUAUUAAGAGAGAAAAAUGAAGAUGAUGAUAAUGGUAGUGAUGGGAAUGGUAUGUUUGUCAAUGACAAUAAUGCCCACAAAAGCAUUAGACAAUCCAACGGGGUUACCAAUUUGUUGGGCAAAGGUCGAUGAUUGCCUAACAAGCGCAGGUUUAGAUGCAGCAGAUCCUACUACUAACUACGCAUUGUGUUGUCCAGUAAUUAAACCGCAAGUAGCCAAUGCAACUUGUUUUUGUAGUAUCAAGGAAUAUAUUCAAGAUGUUCCUAGUGAUCAACCUGCCGUUCUUUCUUCUACAUUUGAAGUUCUUGCAAAUAGGGUUCUUGGUGAUUGUAAAUUUACCUCUAGUUUCGACGAAUUGUGCAAUGGUGUGAGUAAAACCGAGAGUGUAAGUGAAUCAAGUGAGGCGGUGCAGCACCCACAGCACCCAGGAAUGACAAAAAAUGGUGCCACCAAGAUUGAGCGAUCCGUUUAUGGAUUAGUUCCUGCUGCACUCUUUUUUUGGACGAUGAUAAUGUCAGCUUAAUUAAAACAUGGAUUAUGUAUCAUCUUAAUUGGGACGUUUGGAAUUAACUAUAUGCACUUAUCAUUACUGUUUAAGAAUCUGUUUGCUAUUGAUUUCAGUUUGUAUAAGGGAUAGUUUUAAAUUUGAAA